UGCUGGAUUUUCGGCAAUCAAGGUCAAAGUUGAGAACCAGCACGACUUCCGGGACAUGGCGAGCAUCGUAGCCAUGGCAAGAACCUACGCCACCUCCGAGCCAUUCAUCGACUCCAAGUAUGACAUCCGAAUCCAGAAAAUCGGCAACAAUUACAAGGCUUACAUGAGGACAUCUAUCUCUGGAAACUGGAAGGCAAACACAGGCUCUGCGAUGCUGGAACAGAUUGCAAUGACAGAGAGGUACAGACUCUGGGCGGAUGCCUGUGCGGAAAUGUUUGGAGGUCUCGAUAUUUGUGCUGUCAAAGCUGUCCACAGCAAAGAUGGAAAAGACUAUAUCAUUGAGGUGAUGGACAGCUCGAUGCCCCUGAUUGGGGAGCAUGUGGAAGAGGACAGACAGCUUAUAGCCGAUCUGGUUGUUUCCAAAAUGACUCAGCUUGUCACCGCUGCUGGAUCUACCCCAUCACCGCUGAGGCCUUGGCCCCCACAAGCUCAGCCUCAGUCAGUGAAAACUCAGCCUGGACCUCAGCUCGCACAACUGUCUCAGCCGCGGCCUCCUCCACAAGGUGGGCCACGCCAGCCUCAGGCGUCUCAGCCUCCACGGACAAACGCACCUCCACAGCAACGGCUCUCUCCUCAAGGACAGCAGCCCCAAAGUCCCCUGUCCACUUCACCUCAGCAGCAAAGGUCACCUGGAUCUCCACAGCAAGUCCGAUCAGCAACUGGGUCCUCUCCAGUCCAGGCUUCCAAGGCAGGCAUGUUCCCACCACAGCAGCCCAGACCCCCUGCUCAAGGCCGGGCUCCUAGCCAGCCAAGCCCCACUGAAACAUCCAAGCAGCAAGCCAACCCACACCCGCAUCUGAACAAGUCGCAGUCCCUGACAAACACCUUCAGCGUAUCUGAAUCAUCUCAGCGGGGAAACCCCAACGAAGAUGAAGCAAAAGCUGAGACCAUCCGCAACCUGAGGAAAUCAUUUGCUAGCCUGUUUUCUGAUUAACAACCCUGCAGCUGGAUCUGUGCUUUGGUCAGCCUUCACUCUUCAUAUACCCAAUGUCAUCCUGGAAUAUACUCAGUGGCACCCAGCAAUUUACAGCUAAUACCUGGGUAAAAGGAAUUUAGAAAACGACAGUUGUUUUAAUACAAAGAAAAUAUUCUAAUAACGGCCUGAAAAGUGACUGUAUAAAAGUGGCACUAUUUCAUUGUUUUUUGUGCAUAAUCAGAAUCAUGUAUGUUCAAAUGACUGAGUUGUAAAUCAAAUUUUACUCCUGCUAACCCCUGUGUAGUCAACAGUUAUUACAGUGCAAACUAGAUUUUAAUGUAGUCCAUACAAUUGCUAACUUCCAAUUACAGAAUCCUUGUUGAGGCUAAGAUAAAAGAAAACACAGGCUUAUUUCAGAAACAGAUGUGCAAAGACAGAAGCACAUAUUCAUUGACUGAUAAAGUGAGCAUGCCUGAGCAUGGAAACACAGUGAACCGUGGAACUUCAUGAUACCAACUUUACUAAAAGUCAGUUUUCCGAGAAAAAUUACACAUUCAAGUUAAAUACAGUACCAGGCAUCGGUAAACACCGAAGAUCACAUGAGCAGGUCAUCCAGAUGAACUGCUGGUUUGUUCCAGAUCACUCUGCUCAUAGCAGUUAAAACGUCUGUUUCAUGCCUUGCAUUUAAGUCCCCAGCACGUGAUUCCUGAGUUCUGAGAGAAAAACGUCAUGUUCUAACCCUGUAGCCUUAGCUCAAAAAUAACCUGAGAAAUGGGCCUUCCACAAGAAAAAAUCGGGGGAAAAAAACACUUCUUUUCCCUGCCCUUGGAAACACUCUAGAGCUCAUAUCCACAGUUCACACAAAUUUCAGACAAAACCCAGCUAAACUCCAAGCACUUUGGUGACUUGGUCACAUCUGGCUAAGGGUAUCCCCCAGGAACACGGUUAAUUAAUAGCAGAGCUGAUGAAGUGCACACACUUGUGUGCUGAGUGUUCCAUAAUACAGAUUGGACAGAGAGAUGGAGUGAAAUCCUGUCUUGCUCCUCGAACUCCCAUUGACUGGGGCGAGUGCAAAAUGAAUCAAGGUGACAGACCUGUGAUAGAACAGGAAAACUGUCAUUUCGAAAUAAGAUGAGCUGGGCUCCAUCCAGAGACACCAAGCAAUGGGAAGGCACGUAAGCAAUUGCCCCAAGCAGGUAACAAUCUUCCAGAGAAGACAGAGAGAGAUCUUUGCUGGCUGUGGUUUUCCUCAAGUUUUGUCAAGUACUUGAGUCACAAAUCAUGCAUGCAGCUUGAAGGCCAGACUUCUGGCUUUAUGCUUUCCUUUGCAACUUCACAUCAGUUGCUCUUAGGAAUACCAAGGGAGGAAGGGAGGUCAGUAAGCUAAAAAUGUUCGAGUCAAUGGCACAGAUUUUUGCUAUCACUUGAAGAGAGAGGUCCUCAAGUCAGCAAAAACAACAGCAAUAGUUGCCAUUUUGGAUCUCAUGAUUCACUGGUGGGAAUGAAGCCAAACAAACUAUUCCUUCCUGCACAGCACCUGUAACGAACAUCUAGAUCCAAUGCAGUCACCUGGACCUAGCACGACCAACCCCUGAGCAGGCCUGUACAUAUGUAAUAGCUUUUGUGACCUGUGCACUUUCAGGCAAGUAACUGCAUAGCUUUUCCAGCUUGGAAGGCUCUCGAGAGACUCAUCUGGACCAAUAAUUUAUACCUCACAUUUCGAAUUAAAGAAUCACCCUAUCCCCUAAUGAUUUAUCUUUUUUUUUUUUUCAGCUCUA